AUGUUGAUAAUGUGGUUGGCAAUACGGGAUAGACUCAAUACAAAUGACAAGUUAAAAGAGCGGGGAGUUAUAAAUAAAGAUAGAUAUGCACUUUGUGAUGCAGAAUGUGAUGAAUAUAGCGAGGUAACUAGAGCACUAGUAGUAGUAGGUUGUAAGAAUGUCCAUACUGCUGUUGCAGAUGAAGUUUAUAGAGAAGGUUGGUUGAUGUUCAACCAAGCAAUUACCAGAGCUUAA